UCGAUUUCCUGGCCGGCAAAAUUCCACACAAUCACACCGCAAUCGUCACAAUGGAGUCCACAGCCAUUGAUCCAGGUGUUAUCAAUGAGAAGAUGCUGAAGAGUGCCAUUGAGGAGCAAGGAUAUCGCGGCGAAGCGCAGCGAUUGUCACAGUUGGAGCCCAUUAAUUACGCCAAAAUUACAAGCAUUCGACUAGAAUUUCUAAAUAUUCUGAAGAUUGACCACUUGUGGGUGCUCACAAAUCUCACGAAAUUAUCGCUCAAUUACAAUAAGAUAGAUAAAAUUGAGAAUUUGCACAUGCUGACGAAGCUCACAGAUUUGGAUCUCUCAUUCAACUACAUUGAGAAGAUUGAGAAUAUAGAGAAGCUCGCGCAAUUGGAAGUGUUGAGUCUCUACUCGAAUCGCGUGGAGAAGAUUGAGAAUCUCCACCAUCUGGAGCGUCUGCAGAUGCUGAGCUUGGCCAAGAAUCGCAUUAAGACGUAUGACGGCGUGGCGAAGCUGAGACUCUUGGCGAGACUCUCUGUCAUCAACUUGGAGGACAAUCCAAUAGCGCGCGAUCCGCAUAAUCCCACCAGCGAGUUCGUGGCAGCCUUCCUGCCUCAAAUUAAGUACUACAAUUACACACUAAUUGCCGAUGAGACGCGUGCAAGUGCCAGAGAGAAAUACUCGCGCGAGCUGCGAAAGCUGGAGGAAGUCGAGAGCGAGGAGACAAUGCUGCGUGACAGAAUGCACAAGGAGGCCAAGGAAGAGGCACUUCUUAAGCUUUGCUUCGUGGAGUUCCUGAAUCGCGAGGCGCUCUUUCACUCGCUCUUCGACGCCUCGGAUUCCGUGCUGAAUGUGGAUGAGAAAAGUGCAGAACUGCGCGAGGGAUUCAAGAAGCGCUACUUGAUCAUCGCCAAGGAAUUGAGGGAUGUCGCCGUGAGCGAACACGAGAGGCGUCAGGAGGAAAUCAGAGCUUUCAGGGAAUGCAUUGAAGAUGCUCAGAAGGAAACUCAAGGCAAGGCUCAAAGUUUGAUUGAAAACUACUUGCAAGAGAAGCAAGACAACUGCCUGGAUCCGUCCUUGACUCCUGAUGAGCGUCUCAAUCAGAUGUGGAAGACGCUGAUGGAGGCAGAAGUGCUCCUGUUCGAGAACAUCGAGGCGGGAAUUGAGGAUUUUCGCCUCAACAUUGAGCACAUGAUUGAGGAAUUCUUCCACAGGGCGCAGACUUGCCUGAACAAGAUCAGGGAGGCGGAUUCGCAGUAUCUGGACUUCCUGGAGGAGAGCGUGACGGAGUUCAUCAUGCUGAAGAUCACGUCGUCGAAGGAGAAUGAGAUUCCGGGAGGACUGAAGGACACGGACUCGAUUGCCAACAGAAUCAUCCAGAUGGGACAGAGACAGAGGCUGAAGAUUGACGAGAUCAAGAGGAUUCUCGUGGAGAAAGGCAAGGCGUAUGUGAAGGAGUUCAUUGCGGAGCUCCAUGAGCAGGAAGUGCAGAGGAAUCGCGCCAAAAUCAUCGAAAUCAACUACUUCCUGGACUGCGAAAGGGAAAUUUCCGGAUCUCGAGUGUCUUAAAAUCUCCCAAAU